GACCGCGAGUAUCCCUCUGGCCACUGGCUGUGGUGUGCUGCAGCAACCCGCGCUUCUCGCCCCAGCCGCGAGUCUCUCUCCCCGAUCCUCAGCCCGGCUCCCGACCCGCCUCACCCCGGCCUGGCUGCCAUGGAGCGCUGGCCUUGGCCGUCGGGCGGCGCCUGGCUGCUGGUGGCGGCCCGUGCACUGCUGCAGUUGCUGCGCGCAGACCUGCGUCUGGGCCGCCCGCUGCUGGCGACGCUGGGGCUGCUGGCUGCGCUCGACUGGCUGUGCCAGCGCCUGCUACCCCCGCCGGCCGCCCUCGCAGUGCUAGCCGCAGCCGGCUGGAUCGCGUUGUCCCGCCUGGCUUGUCCGCCGCGCCUACCCGUGGCUACUCGCGCGGUGCUCAUCACCGGCUGUGACUCUGGCUUUGGCAAGGAGACUGCCAAGAAGCUAGACUCCAUGGGCUUCACUGUGCUGGCCACCGUGUUGGAAUUAGAUGGCCCUGGUGCCCUAGAGCUGCGUGCCUGCUGUUCCCCUCGCCUAAGGCUGCUGCAGAUGGACCUGACCAAGCCAGCAGACAUUAGCCGAGCCCUGGAGUUCACAAAGGCCCACACAGCCAGCACGGGCCUCUGGGGCCUGGUCAACAAUGCGGGCCACAACGAUAUAGUGGCCGAUGUGGAGCUAUCUCCCAUGGCCACGUUCCGCAACUGCAUGGAGGUGAAUUUCUUUGGUGCACUCCAGCUGACCAAGGGUCUUUUGCCACUGCUGCGCCAUUCAAGGGGUCGUAUCGUGACCGUGGGCAGCCCGGCAGGAGACAUGCCAUAUCCAUGCUUGGCAGCCUAUGGGACCUCCAAAGCGGCCACGGCACUGCUCAUGGACACAUUCAGCUGUGAACUACUGCCCUGGGGGGUCAAGGUCAGCGUCAUCCAGCCUGGCCUCUUCAAGACAGAGUCAGUGCAAAAUGUGGGCCACUGGGAGCAGCGCAAGCAGCUGCUGCUGGCCAGCCUGCCCUCAGAGCUGCUGCAGGCCUAUGGCGAGGACUACAUUGAGCACUUACACAGGCAGUUCCUGCAGUCCCUGCGCCUGGCACUGCCAGACCUCAACCCAGUUGUAGAUGCCAUCACCGACGCACUGCUGGCAGCUCAGCCAUGCCGCCGCUAUUACCCGGGCCGCGGCCUGGGGCUCAUGUACUUCAUCCACUACUACCUGCCCGAGGGCCUGCGGCGCCGCUUCCUGCACUCCUUCUUCAUCAAUCCUUGUCUGCCAAGAGCACUGCAGCCUGGCCAGCCUGGCCUUACCCCCGCCCAGGAUACAGCCCGAGAUGGAGACCCACUUCCAGGCCCGCAUGGGGCCCGAUGAGCCAUGUGCAUAUAUGGCCUAGCUGCUCUCACAGAAGAGGUCCCAUGAGCCCUUGGCCCUCCCCUGGGCACUGUGAUCCCCAAGUCUGCCCUAGGGCUUGGUGAGGCUGGGGCUUCCCAGUGAACCUCCAGGCCUUUCUACUGCUUCAUGAGCCCAAACAGACCCUCCUGGGCACAAGGCUCUACCCUGCAGCUUGGAGAACCCAGCUGGAUGGGGAGCUUAGUGCAACACUUAGCUGUAGCCUUUGACAGGAUCUUGCAGACAGCGCCUCUGCAAACUAAGGAGUGACUGGGUGGAUUAGGGUCCCCCCACCGCCUCAGGAUUAUUUCUCAACACCUGUGCCUCAGUGCUGUGAUUCAAAGGGUGAAUCCUGACUCUUUCUUGACUGGCUUAAGAGUUAGGGCCCCAACCACCCACCCCAGCCACAAGGAGAGCACAUACCCCUACAUGCCUGAUUGCCACUUUUAAAAUAAAGACAAAUUUAUUUCUCCUAGGAUGGGGAAAA